AUGACCGAGUUGAAAUACCUCUCAGGGUUUGGAUCGGAGUUCUCUUCAGAAGACCCUCGACGUCCAGGUGCACUGCCGGUUGGCCAGAACUCUCCACAGCGGUGCCCCUACGGCCUCUACGCUGAACAACUUUCAGGCACAGCGUUCACUGCACCAAGAAGUGAGAACAAGCGAUCUUGGUUGUAUAGGAUUCGUCCAUCUGUCAUUCACAAGCCAUUCAAAAGGACAAAUAUCGCCACAUUUCUCACGCAAAAAUGGGAUGAAGAGGAACCGGACCCCAAUCAGUCGCGAUGGCUGCCCUUCGACAUCCCUCCAACAAAUCAUAAAAUGGACUUUGUAGCUGGUCUUCACACAAUCUGUGGCGCCGGGGACGCUCGCGCCCGCCACGGCAUCGCUAUACAUAUCUACCUCUGUAACACUUCUAUGGACAAAAGCGCGUUCUACAGCAGCGAUGGAGACUUGUUAAUAGUGCCACAACAAGGAACCCUUAAGAUUACCACCGAAUUUGGUAAAAUGGAGGUGGCACCCAACGAGAUAGCUGUGAUCCAACUGGGUAUGAGAUUCGCUGUAUCUGUAGAUGGACCAACUCGGGGCUACAUUCUCGAGGUGUUCGAUGGCCACUUUAAACUGCCAGAUUUAGGACCUAUAGGAGCUAACGGUUUGGCUAACCCGCGUGACUUCCUAACUCCUGUCGCUUGUUAUCAUGAUGAAGAAAUAUCUGGAUUCAAAAUAUUUAACAAAUACCAGGGCGCUUUAUUCGAAGCUGAACAAAAUCAUUCGCCAUUCGAUGUUGUGGCGUGGCAUGGAAACUAUGUGCCAUAUAAAUAUGAUUUGAGUAAAUUCAUGGUCAUCAACUCUGUGUCAUUCGACCAUUGCGACCCAUCAAUAUUCACAGUUUUAACAUGUCCAUCUACAAAACCCGGCGUAGCUAUCGCGGACUUCGUAAUAUUCCCGCCUCGCUGGUCAGUACAGGAACAUACAUUUAGGCCUCCAUAUUAUCAUCGAAACUGCAUGAGUGAGUUCAUGGGUCUGAUCUUCGGGUCGUACGAAGCGAAGGAGGGCGGAUUUAUGGCGGGUGGCGCGUCGCUGCACUCCAUGAUGACGCCGCACGGACCCGACGAGCAAUGCUUCACCGGGGCUUCCAAGGCAGAUCUUGUGCCCCAGAAGAUCGCUGUUGGUACACAGGCAUUUAUGUUCGAGUCUUCACUAAGCAUGGCUAUUACAAAAUGGGGUAUGAAAACGUGCCAGAAACUGGACGCCGAGUAUUAUGAAUGUUGGCAGAAACUGCCAAAACUGUUUUCCGAUCAGAUAAAUGUAUAA